UUCAUUGACAACUAGAAAGCCCUCACCAUGUGCUGGAAUCGCUUAGUUUGGUGCUGUAUUGUAAUUUGUGUGAAGGAGGCAGUUGCGUUAGGCCACCCGUCAGCAGUUUCCAGUUUUCGCGCGGUCGGUGAAAAGUGUGAAUCCGGAAAGCGUCAGGGUUGCGGUGAUUGUCGCACGGUGAACAUUUGUAGCUAUGAUCAAACUGUUCUUACCAGCUACAAAUGUCAAGAUGUGGAACCCGAUAAACCUUACUGCACCGGAAACGGUAUCUGUGCGGCGGAGUAUGAGUCAGAGAGUGCGUGCGCGAUGGCGGACGAUCUUUGUCCCUUGACGAAGGCAGGAUUUUAUCCUGAUCCUGCCAACUGUACCCAGUACAUUUACUGCGAUGAGAAGCAGGUGGCUACGCCCGUGAGUUGUCUGGCAGCGAACAAUGCCUACAAUCAUUCGUCCUCGUCAUGCUUUCUGCGAAAAACGUUGGACGACUGCUACCAAGUGAACUGUGAUUUGCCGCUGAAUCGCAACAAAUGGUUCGUCUAUAAACCGUUUCCUCAGCUGUACUUCUUUUGCUCGAACAGUGGGUUCCCGGUGAUGUUCGAAUGCCCAACCGAGCUAGAGGUGUACGAUGUGAAGCUGCAACGGUGCAAGUUUGAGUGCCGAGAAAGUGGCCGCUUCCCGUAUCCGGGAGAUAACAAAAAGUACUACGAAUGUGUUUACGUCACACCUUUCAAGCUGGAAUUAUUCGAGCAACGGUGCCCUUUGCAGCUGACGUACGAUGAAGAGCGGAGGACCUGCAAAGCGUGAAAAAUGACUAAAUUAUCCAGUGUUUUGGAACCUAGUACUGUGAACAGAAAACCGAACGUUGUUUCAAUAAAGUGAACGUGGUUGAUACGUCGAACGUCUUUUUAUAUUUA